AGUGAAAUUUUUACUAAUUUGAUAGAAACAAUUUUUGCGAUUUCUCGUGUAUAUAGUAUAUGAAGAAAUGUAAUUGUACAAAGAAAUAUAAAUGAAUAUAAUAGUGGUUGUAUUUGUAUUUUAAUGGGUGAAAUGCAACGAAUAAUGUGCAAACGUGUAUCUGAAAUCUUAUUUUAAUUUUUUUCUUUCGUUGCGGAUGUGAUGCAAUUUUACGUAAACGAUAGUUCCUUAAUUAUAAACAAUAAGAUAAAACGAUUACACGAGACGCGUAAAAAUUUGCUCACAAUUGAAUUAUUGCAACAUUAUCGUUACUUAAGAUAAAGAAGAAUUUACCGUAUAAAAAACUUAUUGGACGAAACAAAAUAUAAAUAUUAUUAAAUAUUUUUAAUAAUAUUUUAAUAAUAGAUAAUUUAAAUAACUAAAGGAAAUUAUUAUAAUUUAUAUAGGCCAUAAGACAAAAAUUUUAUAAAAUUUUUUUUUAUGGUUGGCAAUAAAAUUUUAUGGUUGCGAAAUUAAACCGGAUCUGUACAGUAUUUAACUUUCUAUCAAAUCAAAAUUCGUCCCUGAUUCGCACUUUUUCUCAAUCUCAGAAAAGAUAAUCGAAAUUUCAAUCUAAAACGAUAAAAAAUACAUUAAAAAAUAUUAUUAACGAAACGAUUAAAAAUAGAUUUAGAAACUUAUCUAGAAUUCGUUUAGCGAUUGAUCUCAUUUUUUACUUAUCGUUUUAAAAAGAGAGGAACAUCUGAAUCUGUUACGAGUAACGGGUAUUUGCUGAUCGACCAUUAAAGUGAUUCUACUGUAAGUGAGCGUGUUGUAACUAUAUACGUUGCAUAAGUUUUGAAAAGAAAUUGAAAUUAAAUCUGCAGAAAUUUAUUUUGUCCGAAAGUGUACCUAUAUUCGAAAGUGUUAAAAAGUGUGUCUCGAUAUCUAGUGAAAAAUAUGCAUAUUAUCAUGGUAAUAUUCGCCACCAUUCUGAUUAUACAAUCGUAUACUAUUGCUGAAUCAAGUGAACAGAGCAGCAUAUUAGACAAUCAAGCAAAAGAAAAAAAAUUAACAUUACCAUUCACAUCAACGUUGCAAACGGAGUCAUAUCAAGACAAUAUUAAAUAUUAUAAUUUUCUAACGGAUUAUAUUUAUAGACCUCUUCAAAACAAGAAAUGUCCAUUGUGCGACACUUCUGUUCUUCCUUAUUGCGGAGAAAAAUUAUUGCACGAUGCAUGUUGCUGCACAGAUCCUUAUACAUACGAUUUACCUUACCAAUGUAAAUUAGCGGAUUGUCGAUUUUUGCAUGCGAAUAGUUGCAAAGAACAUCAGUUAAUUGCAAUCUGUUGCUGUAGUGAUGAUUAUCGAUCUUUAUUGAAGAGUUUUUCAAAUUAAAAAGAAGAAUUUAUCAAAAAAAAGUUAUG